CCCCGGAGGCGGCGGUGGCGGUGGUGGCUGUCGCUCGGGGCAUGGUCCCCGGGUCCGAGGGCCCGGCCCGCGCCGGGGGCCUGGUGGCUGACGUGGUGUUUGUGAUCGAGGGCACGGCCAACCUGGGGCCCUACUUCGAGGGGCUCCGCAAGCACUACCUGCUCCCGGCCAUCGAGUAUUUCAAUGGUGGUCCUCCUGCGGAGACGGACUUCGGAGGAGACUAUGGGGGGACCCAGUACAGCCUCGUCGUAUUCAACACAGUGGAUUGCGCCCCCGAGUCCUACGUCCAGUGUCACGCCCCUACCAGCAGCGCCUAUGAGUUUGUCACCUGGCUCGAUGGCAUUAAGUUCAUGGGUGGAGGAGGUGAGAGCUGUAGCCUCAUCGCCGAGGGCCUCAGCACCGCCCUGCAGUUGUUCGAUGACUUCAAGAAGAUGCGAGAACAGAUUGGCCAGACACACCGCGUCUGCCUCCUCAUCUGCAACUCGCCGCCGUACUUGCUGCCUGCUGUGGAGAGUACCAUGUACUCGGGGUACACGACAGAGAAACUCGUGCAGAAGAUUGGGGAGCAAGGCAUCCACUUCUCCAUCGUGUCUCCCCGGAAGCUGCCUGCUCUGCGGCUUCUGUUUGAGAAGGCGGCUCCCCCAGCCCUACUGGAACCUCUGCAGCCACCGACAGAUGUGAGCCAGGACCCCCGGCACAUGGUGCUGGUGCGGGGGCUUGUGCUGCCCGUCGGAGGUGGCUCAGCCCCAGGACCCCUCCAGCCAAAGCAGCCCGUCCCACUGCCUCCAGCCCCCACCUCUGGUGCCGCGCUCUCAGCAGCACCCCAGCAGCCUCUGCCCCCCGUGCCUCAGCAGUACCAGGUCCCUGGGAAUCUGAGUGCGGCUCAGGUAGCUGCCCAGAACGCAGUGGAGGCCGCCAAGAACCAGAAGGCUGGGCUGGGCCCACGCUUCUCACCCAUCAACCCUCUCCAGCAGGCUGCUUCAGGAGUGGGUACCCCCUUCAGCCAGGCUUCAGCCCCCCCAAUGCCCCCGGGGCCCCCUGGAGCCCCGAAGCCAACUCCCGUGUCCCAGCCCAGCCUGGUGUCCAGCGUGGCUCCCGGCUCAGGCCUGGCUCCCCCUGUGCAGACUGGGGCACCAUCCAUGGCAGGCUCGGUGGCCCCAGGAGGUGUGAGCGGCCCCUCCCCGGCCCAGUUAGGGGCUCCAGCACUUGGGGGGCAGCAGUCAGUGUCCAACAAACUUCUGGCCUGGAGUGGGGUCCUCGAGUGGCAGGAGAAGCCAAAGCCCGCCUCUGUGGAUGCCAACACUAAGCUGACGCGCUCUCUGCCCUGCCAGGUCUACGUGAACCAUGGAGAGAACCUGAAGACGGAGCAAUGGCCGCAGAAACUGAUCAUGCAGCUCAUCCCCCAGCAGCUCCUGACCACCCUGGGCCCUUUGUUCCGGAACUCGAGGAUGGUCCAGUUCCACUUCACCAAUAAGGACCUGGAGUCCCUUAAAGGCCUCUAUCGCAUCAUGGGCAAUGGCUUCACCAAGGCCCUGAGUCCCGUGAAGCAUUCUCUCAAG